AUGGCCUACCGAUUCGGUAGAAGCCAUUGGCAGGAUGUUGAUCGACUCAAUCUGAUGACCGUAUGCCAAGCACAUCAGCAAUGGGACAAACGAUUGUUAGCGAUGAGAGAUAUUUAUGCAAAGGAUAACUAUCCCCCAGGAUACUUCACUGAAAAUUCUUGCCGCGAGGAGCUGGAACGUAUCAUGAGCCUUCCAACACCAAAUCUUCGACUUGGUAUUUCCAAUACUUUCGUCUACAGUCGAAAGAUUAUGAUGGAAAAAUGGGUUGAACACUUUAAUACAGAAGUUCGCAAACAAAGAAGCUCCCAGGCAGAACUUGGUUUGGUUACUGUUAGAAAUAAUGUAAAGUUGAUGCAAGAAGCUUUGAAACCUGAUAUUUCCGAAUCAAGACUCCAGGAAAUUUUGCAAAUGGCGAAGCAAAGUGCUGAACGCCACAGAAAUGAUGGGACCUAUAAAAGAACAGUUGGUUCAUUGGACUCGGCUAUCGCAGGCAGAUUAGAAGCUGAAGGAUCUUUGAAUCUGGAAACUCUUGUUCUUCCUCCAACCAAGCCUCCCGGUGAUGAUGUUACAACUGGGUCUCGAGGGUUUCUCACUCCAACACAUUCAACGCCUGCACUCGAUAUGUCAUUUUUCACUCCACCUCGUCAAAUGCGAACUUUGGCUGAUGCUGUUCGUGAAGCUGCACCUGUUGAAGUGAUCCCCGAAUUUGUUGAACCUGAUCCACCAGUGCAAGACGCUCUUCCUGAUGAAAUUAUGGAGCCAGUUUCUCUAACACCUAUCAAGAAACCGAAAACAGAAAAGGAGCCUGAAAAAGAAAUUCCAGCUUCUGAACCAGUAUCAUCUCCCAAGAAGUCAGUAAUUCCAGCAUCUCCAAAGGCAAUAAGUCAUCCUUCAACUCCCGCAAAAAGCCCACAAAAGACACCUCAAAAGAAGAAGGAGAUUACUCCUGUUGAGGUCAAAAUAGAGGAAAUAAAAGAAGAAGAAGAUGUUACUCCUUCUCAAUCACCCCCAGCAACUCAAACACCACGUUCUCGAGGAAGACCCAGAAUUCAUUCGAGUGCUUCUAAGAAAACAGAAAAACCAGAAACUCCGAGAGCUGAAAGCCCGGAUCCAUUGCCACCACCACCUUCGAAGAAGCGUCCAAAGGAACCGUCUCAAGAACCGUCGACUAAUACUUCUUCUAAAAGACCACGAACCUCGACAGUCGUACCAAUGAUUACUAGAAGACGUAAAGAGGGCACACCACAUUCUCGGAUGUCAUCAGUUCCUCCAAUUGCUCGAUCUGAAAGUUCUUUCGAUUUUCAAACGGCUCCUGCUUCUCCAAUGGAUACAUCGACGCGAGAAAUUGAAGUUCAAACUGAUAUAACAAUACGUCAAGCCGUUCAAGCAGUUUCGAUGGGUGAAAGACGUCGAAGUCAUAUUCCACCUGUUACUCGAAAGGUUCGAAAGUCGAUGAUGCCUUCUGAAUCAAUUCGUUCAGUGUCUCGUAACUCAUCUACAUCGACUCCAGGACCACGUGGCAGUUCCGUGGUUCCGAAUGCAAUGCGCAGUCAAGGAAUGCAAACGAAUAUUCGAUUGGAUAUUGAAAAAGAUGAAUUAUUGGUGUUCCGCGUGGAUUCUCGACCCAAUUAUCACCCUACAGUUGUUCAACUUGAUUCAAACAAACCCGUUGUUGUUAGUUUUGAGACUUGUAAGGAGAUAGCAGCUGAAAAUGCAAACGAAAGCAGUGUGGAAAUUGGAAAAAGAGCUGCAAAAGUUGAUGGAAAACGAGAAAUGACACUGAUUGUUGAGACGGAUGAUGCCAUUGGACAGAGACUCGUCGAGGAUAGAUGUUUCCAACUUGUAUCUGCUACGAGUGACUUACCAUCUGCAGGAGUACAUGAAUCACCAGUCAAACGACAUAGAAGAGACGACAAGGCGAGAGAGGAUACCACGAAGUUGAAACUUCUCGCAAUGUAUCGUUAUCUUCAUGAUUGUGAAUGGUCAGAAGCAUUCAAAAAGCCAGUGCCGUUGGGUGAAGCAACAUACGAUCAAGGAGUCCUCGAAAGAAUUGAUUUGAGCCUGAUAAAGAAGGAAAUUGAUAAUGGAACAAUCAAUAGUGAAUCUGGAUUCCUUCUUCGGGCGUAUCGAAUGUUGUCGAAUGCAAUAAUGUACAAUGGUUAUGAUCAUGAUGUUCAUCUUCAUGCAAAAUAUAUUAUCGAGCAUGUGAUGAACGAUAUACAUACUCUGAAUCUUGAUGAUAAACGUGGUGUAGCUAAACGUGCAAUCCAAGUUGAAGAAAUUGCCGACGCCUCUCGCUCAACAUCCAUGGAUCCAGACCCGAUGACUCCAGCUGGAAAUGUUGGAAUGAAGAGAACAGUGUUCCGUAAAGAUCCAAAUGUUGAAGGUAUUAUGACAGCAUCCGGUAGCCGAAAAGGAAAGAAGAACCUUAAAUAAAUCGGAUUUCAUUCCCUCACCUCAUUUUUUUUUAUAUUUGAACGAUUCAACUGCGAACAUUUCCCCCUUUAAUUAAAGUUUUGAUCUUUCAUUCAAUAAUGUAUCUUUUAUAUUAUUAUUAACUCGAUAUGUUUUAUAUGAAGCGGAAACAACAGUUUU